AUGCCAAGGCUGCCAGGGCCGGCCACGUUUUCCCAGUGCCAGCCCUGCGAUCUCACCGACAUCGCAACGAGGAAGAUGACGGGGCGCUGGAGCGAGCGAGGAGCAACAAGAGGCUACGUGAUGAGACUGGGGCUUCUAAAGACCCCCUUCCCAGAGAGCACAGGAACGACCCCGGCCACAACGCAGGGGCUGAAGCUCCAGCCCUACCUCUGCUACUCCGGCAAGCAGCGGCGCUUGCGUCCUCCGUGCCCCACCCGGGGCCCCGGGACAGCUGGACGGAAUUCAGCAAAAGAACCUUUUAAGCAAAGGAAAAAAUACUCCAACUCCAAUGUCAUUAUGCAUGAGACUUCACAGUACCACGUGCAGCACUUGGCCACCUUCAUCAUGGACAAGAGCGAGUCCAUCGUGACGGUGGAUGACGCUAUCCGAAAACUCAUUUUGCUCAACUCAAAAGAGAAGAUCUGGACACAGGAGAUGCUGCUGCAAGUGAACGACAAGUCCAUCCGCUUGCUGGACUGCGAGUCACAGGAGGAGCUGGAGGACUUCCCUCUGCCGACCGUCCAGCACUGCCAAACGGUGCUGAAUCAGAUGCGCUAUUCCUCCAUCCUCCUCCUGGUGUGUCAGGAUUCGGAGCAGCACAAACCUGACAUCCACUUCUUCAACUGCGACGAGGUGGAGGCGGAGAUGGUUCACGAGGACAUAGAAAGUGCCCUGGCAGACCACAAGCACGGGAAGAAGAUACGGCCACAGACACUCAAAGCAAACCAAGAAAAGAUCAAGCAGAGGCAAUCCAUCCUCCCACCGCCGCAAGGGCCAGCUCCCAUCCCGAUCCAGCACGACACGCGAGGCUCAGGGAUGAACAGGAACCGGGUGGCACCCCCUUCCCAGCACAAUCCAGACUACGAACGACGAGGCUCCAGCUCUCACGACCACGAAGAGUCCCGAGCCAUCUUAGCACAGAAGAUUGAAAAAGAAACGCAAAUCCUGAACUGCACUCUGGAUGACAUCGAAGUGUUUGUCGCCAGGCUUCAGAAGGCUGCAGAGGCAUUCAAACAGCUCAACCAGAGGAAGAAAGGGAAGAAGAACAAGAAGAAAGCGCCAGCAGAGGGCAUGCUGACUCUUCGAGCAAGGCCCCCAAGUGAGGCCGAGUUCAUCGACUGCUUCCAGAAGACCAAACUGGCUUUUAACCUCUUGGCAAAACUGAGAAAGCACAUCCAGAACCCCAGCGCUUCCGAGCUGGUGCACUUCCUCUUUGGGCCGCUGGAACUGGUCGUCAGUAGCUGUGGUGGCCCUGAGCUUGCCAGGUCUAUUGUCAGCCCACUUCUUUCUAAAGACGCCACAGAUUUCCUCAGAGGACACCUGACACCGAAAGAGAUAAACCUCUGGGACUCCCUGGGAGAGGCAUGGACCAGAUCCAGAGCUGAAUGGCCCCGAGAAGCAAACAUCCCCACCUACAUCCCCAAAUUCCGCAAUGGCUGGGAACCGCCCAUCGAAAUCUUCCGCGGAGCUCCCUGGGAAAUAGACAUCGGACACUUGCAAGAAGAGCUGUCAUUAGCCAACGGGUACCCUUACCGCAGCUCCUCACUCAAGCGCGGCCAGGCCGCUGACCAGACCCAAGCUGUGGAUGCCUUCAAACAGAACGUAACCCAGCAUGUGAACAGGAAUUUUGAGGCACAGGGAAUGGCUCCGCCGAAGAGAUAUGCCAAAAUCCGCUACGAUUUCACUGCGCGAAAUGCCAAUGAACUCUCAGUGCUUAAGGAUGAAAUCCUGGAGGUGUUGGAAGAUAAUAAGCAGUGGUGGAAGCUGCUCAACCGGAGCGGGCAGGCUGGUUACGUCCCUUAUAAUAUCCUGGAUGUGGUGAAACUGGAAGAGCUCGAACAGGUCUGUAGCCAGCACGGGGAGAACAUGGCAAGGUACAAAGGAGACCUGAGCCCCAGGGGCUACGGACCAUCCAGCCCAACUCACAAGCUACCUGCCAGCUACGCUGGGGACAAAUGGGGAAGCGAAAUGCUAUCGCGCAGCUCUCCCCAGGACGCCAAAGAACAACUUAUUCAUCAAAUGGACGAGCUGAACGACGAGUUGAUAAAGAAGAUCACAAACAAUAAAAUUCAGCCCCCCCAGAGGAAUUUCAAAGUGGAAAAGCCUCAGCAGGUUUUUGUGCCCCUCACCUUCGAAUCCAGCACUGAAGAAGUCAAAGCCUGGCUGGAGGCAAAGUCGUUCAGCAAAGAGACAGUGGAACACCUUGGCAUCCUUACUGGAGCUCAGCUCUUCUCCCUCAACAGAGAGGAGCUGAAGAAAGUGUGUGGUGAUGAGGGAAACAGAGUAUACAGUAAAAUCACAGUGGAGAAAAACCAACUGGAGAAAAACAGAGGGGAGUCAGAGCUCCAAGAAAUCAUGAAGCGUCGCCAGGAAAGGAUUGAUUCCGCUAAUUAAAAUGUAUCUGCUUUAUUUCAGCUAUUAGUCAUAGUAGUGCAGAAAAAAGGAAUGAAAGCAAUGAUCCCCAGUCCAGGCAAGAGACAGCAGUGCUCCACACCUACCAGUGUAAUGCCAUCAAAGUCACAAUUUCUCGAACACUGUUGAUAAGGGUAGACAGUAAGACCAUGUCCCAUUGGGAAAGGUGUUUUAAUAUUGCAUGAAGUAUUUUUUUUUUUAUAACUAUGUAUUUUAUACUGAAAUUUUAUGUGCAUGUGAUCAG